AUGGAUGACGAAAUCAUACAAGCACUAAUAUUGGCUGAACAACAACAACGAAAACGAUUAGACAGCUGGAAUGAAUCACGACGAAACGAACGAAAUCAAGAUACCGACCAGCUUCUUCGGGAAUUUCAACACAUGUCAAAAACGCAAGCAAAUCAAGAAGCAUCUACAUAUUUAUUAUCUAUAGUUCAAACAGCACCAACACGUGAAGAAAACAAUAAUAGUUCUGACGAAGAACCUGAUUUAAUUUAUUACGAAAAUGAUCCAUCCAAUAGUGAUGUUGAUCAACUGAUUCUUGAUGAUUACGAUGGACAAAUAAAUGAUUAUGAAUCAGAUAAUUAUGAUUUCAGUAUUAGCGACUUUGUUCAACCGGCACAGCUAUCAUUAUCUCUAUCAAUUAUUGAGAACAACGAUAUUCAAAAUGAAACUUAUCUUCAUUAUUAUACCAGUAUUUCAACAGAAAAAUAUUGUCAGGAGUUAGCAUCUAUUCUCCGGUCUGUUGAUAUUAAUAAAACACAAUCAACACGUCUAUUAUCAUUAUUUAAAUCAGCCUUGCCUGUACCCAAUAACUUACCAUCGACUUGGGAAGGAUUAUUAGCCGCUAUGAACGUUGAUAAUUUAUUUAAAACUCGUCGUAUUUGUUUAUUAUGCCAGCGAGAUUUACAUUAUAAAGACAAAAAAUGUUCAAAAUGUCGCUCAGUGGAUGAAAAAACAAUAGCUGUACAAAGUAUACAGUAA